GAGAAAUAGAAGCCCAGAGGUACUCCCAGUGAGAAAUUCGCUCAUGAAAUACAUGAUCUGCUUAAAUUCAGAUGCUAGCCAUGGAUUUCGAAUGUCUCUUUUGAUAUUGUUUGGUUUUGCAACAAUUAAGUCUCCAGAGAAAGAAAUAACAGAGUAGUCUGUGCAAGAAAGUCAAAAGCACAAAUGUACAUGGCGGGGAAGAGAGAGAGAGAAAAAAUCUUCCAAGGAGAGAUGUUCUGCCACGCGACGCUACAAAUGUGUCUUUAUCGACAUUUUACAAAGACUUGGUGACUUUUAGCGAGCUCACACGCCCCACCCACCUUCUAUCUUCACUGCCGAAGGAGAGGAGGGACCUCGGAUGCGCACCAGAACAACGUAUAGAAUUGAGACCCAUCCCCUUCCCGAAGGUUAUCCCCCUCCCCUCCUGCGGGACGAGAAAGAAAAGUAGAUGUUUCCUGCUGUCGCAGCAAAGCAUCCUUCCUCUAGCAAGCGUCGUCGACCCGUUUUCUCCGAAGUCGCCCGCUUUCUUUCAGUCUCUCGCUGCUGCUGCUGCUGCUGCUUUCGGAGAUCGCUUUGCAAAAGUAUACUGGAACCAAACCUGGUAGCCUCCCAUCCGUCAAGUAUUUGAUUAUGACUCCAGUCAAGAUGGACACUGCUUGUUCCAGCAGGCUUGCUUCCGUUUUUGGCUGAUUUUCUGAGUUAGUACUGCCAUGUCUGAUUUUGAAACUGAAGAUACUGAAGAAACUGUAACCUGUCUGCGAAUCAUUAUUUAUCACCCAAAACAAGAAGAAAGUCCAGUCUUUCAUGCUUUAAAGUUCUGUCACAACCAACAGCUGAGAGCAGAUGAUGUAGUGAAAUUUGGAAGAGAUUCAAACAUCUGUCGUUUCCCCUUUAUAGAUGCACGGGUCUCGCGUGUUCAGUUUGGCCUUCAGUUUUUCAGACACUUCAACAGCUCAGAGUUUGGUUUUGAGAUUAAGAAUCUGAGCAAAAAGGCAAAGUUAAUUGUGGACAAUAUUGAACUGGGCUAUCUAAAUAAAGUCAGCCUACCAGAUAAAUGUAUGGUUUGCUUUGGAGAGUACCAGAUGUUACUACAAAAACAAGAAGGACAAUCUGAGGACUAUUUUAACAUCUGCUUUGAAUUGGCCAGAAAGUCACUGUUACAAGAAAAAAAUCUAUUUUUGAAAAAACCAGUCUGUGAAAGUAGCAGUUCAUAUACUCAAUUUCCAACAGAGAUGGAUGAGAAUGAAUAAAUUGGAAAAUUCCAUGAAAAAGUUUCAAACAAUUGUGUUUUUAAGUGCUUACCUUUACCUUGUGUGUUAUGGUAGUUGAAGCUAUAUUUAUCUAUAUAUUUGCCUCUUUACCUGCACUGCCAAUAGGUUAGCAUCUUUUUGAGAGCUACACAGAGUCACUUGAUGAAUGGCCAGCCAUAAAAAUUGAAUAAAUAAGUAUUCUUUCAACGUUGCUACCUUUUGGCAUCUUUGAAUGAAAGCCUCUCUUCCUUCCCAUCAAUCACCAUCAGUGGCUAUUUCUCUGUAUUUAGAUCCAGUUCCCCAAGUUGUACUGAUGUUUGUACUAAACUUAAUGCUUCUACUUUUCUCCCCUUUCCUCCCAACUUUCUUUUUUGCAUUGUGUCUUAGAUUAUAACAGCAUUUGGCGCUAAAUAUUUUAA